AUGGCUCUAUAUUCACCAGCUCGUGCUUUUUACCUGGAGAAUCAUGCUGUCCUUGCUAAGGAAACACGAGCUUGUGGAUCAUCUUUAGUUCUUGUUGUUGUUCUGCUAAAUGAUGCUGAGGAGAAACAACUCACAGAGCAAAAUGUGAAGAAGUGGCUUGAUGAGCUUAAACAAGUAAUUUAUGAUGCAGACCAUGUGAUGGACAAAAUCAAUUCUGAAACUUUGAGACUCAAGUUGCAGAAAGGCCAAACCGGAUCAAGAAAAGCAAAGGCAAAUGUUGAAGAAAAAGCACUUAGCUGGCACUUAGCAAUGUGUAUUCAUGCAGAGAGGAAUUCUAGUGGUUGUUUGAUCAUUCCAUUAGUUUAUGAAAAUGGUGAUGAUUUCUAUGAGAUAAAAGGACUAAUGCCGACUUCAAUAACCACUUGA